GACGUCUCCUCCGGAACUGAUUCGUUGUUGAGUUCUCCCGCCCUUAUGCGUGCGCACUGUCUGUACGGAGACACGCCAUGGAGGACCUAGAAGCGCUAGGUUUUGAACACAUGGGACUGGAUCCCCGGCUCCUGCAGGCUGUCGCUGACUUGGGCUGGUCGCGACCUACGCUGAUCCAGGAAAAGGCCAUACCUCUGGCGCUGGAGGGGAAGGACCUCCUGGCCCGAGCCCGCACAGGCUCCGGGAAGACGGCAGCUUAUGCUAUUCCGAUGCUGCAGUUGCUUCUCCACAAGAAGGCGACAGGUCCUGUAAUGGAACAAGCUGUGAGAGGCCUUGUCCUCGUUCCUACGAAGGAGCUGGCGCGGCAGGCCCAGUCAAUGAUUCAGCAGCUGGCUGCCUACUGUGCUCGGGAUGUGCGAGUGGCUAAUGUCUCAGCUGCUGAAGACUCCGCUUCUCAGAGAGCUGUGUUGAUGGAGAAGCCAGAUGUGGUGGUGGGGACCCCAUCCCGAAUAUUAAACCACUUACAGCAAGACAGCUUGAAACUCCGUGACUCCCUGGAGCUGCUGGUGAUAGACGAAGCUGACCUUCUCUUUUCCUUUGGCUUUGAGGAUGAACUCAAGAGUCUUCUCUGUCACUUGCCUCGGAUUUACCAGGCCUUUCUCAUGUCGGCCACUUUCAAUGAUGACGUACAAGCUCUGAAGGAGCUGGUACUACAUAACCCGGUUACCCUCAAGUUACAGGAGUCCCAGCUGCCAGGGCCGGAGCAGCUGCAGCAGUUUCAGGUGGUCUGUGAGACAGAAGAAGACAAAUUCCUGCUGCUGUAUGCCCUGCUCAAGCUCUCGCUGAUUCGGGGCAAAGCCUUGCUCUUCGUCAACACUCUGGAGAGGGGUUACCGGCUGCGGCUCUUCCUGGAACAGUUCAGCAUUCCGUCCUGCGUGCUCAAUGGAGAGCUCCCGCUGCGCUCCAGGUGCCACAUCAUCUCACAGUUCAACCAAGGCUUCUAUGAUUGUGUCAUAGCAACAGAUGCUGAAAUCCUGGGACCACCAGUCAAAGGCAAGCGGCGAGGCCGAGGAGCCAAAGGAGACAACGCCUCUGAUCCAGAGUCAGGUGUGGCCCGGGGCAUAGACUUCCACCACGUGUCUGCUGUACUCAACUUUGAUCUCCCUCCCACUCCAGAAGCCUAUGUUCAUCGAGCCGGCAGGACAGCUCGAGCCAACAACCCAGGCAUAGUUCUGACCUUUGUGCUGCCCACAGAACGGUCUUGCUUGGGAAAGAUUGAGGCGCUUCUCGGUGGAGAGGGCGAGGCUCCCAUCCUGCUUCCCUACCAGUUCCAGAUGGAGGAGAUCGAAAGCUUUCGCUAUCGCUGCAGGGAUGCCAUGCACUCAGUGACUAAACAGGCCAUUCGAGAGGCAAGACUGAAGGAGAUCAAGGAGGAACUUCUACACUCAGAGAAGCUCAAGACAUACUUUGAAGACAAUCCCAGGGACCUCCAGCUGCUACGCCAUGAUCUACCCUUGCAUCCUGCAGUGGUAAAGCCUCAUCUGGGCAAUGUCCCUGACUACUUGGUUCCUGCUGCUCUUCGUGGCCUUGUACAACCUCGGAAGAAACGGAGAAAGCUGCCCUCCUCUAGGAAGACUAAGAAGGUGAAGACUCGGAACCCAUUGCGUGACUUCAAGCACAGGGGAAAGAAACCUAAACCCACAUCGAAGCCCUCUUGAGGUGGCCUGGGCCUGCGGACACUGAAUUGGGCAUCCUGACCUGGAUGGAGUGAGUGGGCUUCCCACUCUUUGUGUGCACACUCUAUGCUCACUGUCUGAACAGACUGAACUUUGAAGUCGCAGAAUUGGGCACUCCAUCUUCUUGGUACUGCUGGACUACCAUCCUGCUUAACAGAAUAAAGAUUCCAGCUACCCCACCCAGGCUGUGAGCCUCUGGCAUCUGGGAAGAGACUGCUUUCCCAAAUCUCCAGAGUUAAUAAACUUUCAUAAAGUGGU